CACUUCCUGGACCCAUUAACGUUUAUAAAACCAAACAAACUUUUUAAUGUCUUUGCAGAGUGUCAUCACGGUCGCUAGUUACCGUUUCGUCGCGGUUGCUGGGAACAACCUAUUUUUCUUUUGUUUUGUUGAUUUGAGGUUUUAAAAAUGGAAAUGUGUUUUUUUUUCUCGGCUAUCUGCAACCCUACAUUAACUAGCUAGUAGAGGAGGUGUUGGCCCCCAGGUUUGUGUUUACAAAGAGAGAGAGACCGGGGGGGAGGAUGAAGAACAACCCGUUCGUUAUGGAGUAACUAGCUACCAGUAUCUAGUUUUAGGUGUGGACGGUACUACAGACAGAGAUAACAUUAAACCCAGCUAGUUAUGGCCAUGUCGUUGAUGCAGGCCUGCCGCACUUUAGCUCAAUCUACAUGGCUCCUGUCGUUUUGUUUCGUUCACCUCCUCUGUUUGGACGUUACCGUCGCCGAGAGAGAGGAAUGGUACACCGCCUUCGUUAAUAUCACCUACAUAGACCCGGUCACCUCUGAAGUCCGGACGGAGAAAGCAGAAUACGGUCGAUACGGGGAACACUCGCUUAAACGCGACGCAAAAGGAGUCGUGGUACUUCCUUCUCUCUCCCAGGAUAGACAAGCCUGUGAUCCCGGUACCCGGUUCGCUGUUCCGGUCCAGGGCAAUGCGUGGAUAGCCCUGAUUGCCAGGGGAAACUGCACAUUUAAAGACAAGAUACGACACGCAGCGAGCCAAAACGCCACGGCCAUCGUUAUAUUCAACGUUGGAUCCAGCAACUCCAAUGAUACAAUCACAAUGCCACAUUCAGGUAUGGGUGAUGUGGUCGCCAUCAUGAUCCCCGAGCCUAAAGGUCGUGAGGUCGCUGCUCUGCUAGAGCGGAACGUCACGGUAACCAUGCACAUCACCAUAGGAACGCGUAACCUCCAGAAGUACGUGAGCAGGACGUCGGUGGUGUUCGUCUCCAUCUCCUUCAUCAUCCUGAUGAUUAUCUCUCUGGCCUGGCUCGUCUUCUACUACAUACAGAGGUUCAGAUACGUCAACGCACGAGACCGCUACCAGAGGCGCCUGGGAGAUGCAGCUAAGAAGGCCAUCAGUAAACUGCAGGUCAGGACCAUCAGGAAAGGAGACGAGGAAACGGAGUCAGACUUUGAUAACUGUGCCGUGUGUAUCGAGGGCUACAAGCCCAACGAUGUGGUCAGGAUACUACCCUGCAGACAUCUGUUCCAUAAGAACUGUGUGGACCCAUGGCUGCUGGAUCACAGGACGUGUCCCAUGUGUAAGAUAGACAUCCUCAAAGCCCUGGGCAUCGCUUUAAAUACAGACUGUCUGGAUGACCUGCCCUUGGACUAUGAGAUGGUGGGGGGUGUGGUCCUGGAGGCUGUGGUAUCGGCGGGGUCCAGUGAGGGGACCCUCAGUGAGGGGGGGUCGGUGGUUCUAGACCCGGGGGUGCGGAGGGUGGGGCUCCCCCAAGACUACCACGACCCAGACCCUCUGAGGGAUAGUCCCAUUACUGUUACUACUGACACCCACACAG